UUGACCAAAAUAUUCAAAAUAUUCGCAGUUGGGUCUCUCGCAUCUAUAAUGCAACAGCUAGAAAAGCUUCAUACUCCACAGCUGAGAAAUCUCUGAUAAAGCUGGCUUGUGUCGUGGAUUUGUUGCCUUCGGAGGUCAAUCAGUAUCCCUCUUUCCUGGUUUUCUGCUAAAAACAGUGUGUCAUGUCUGCAACAGCAACAUCCCUUGUGAUUUCGAGCCCAAACCUUUUGGGUUUGAUGACAAAAACAAUACCCAGAAAUGGUAGUAUCCUCUUCUGCUCCAUAGCCAUCGUACCCCCUUGGAGAAGCUACCAUUCUUUGGGACCACCGUCUAUGUUCUUCAGAAUCCCAUAUGGGUCCUCCAAGGGAAGCUCGGUCUUCACCGCCUCCAAGCCCUUUGCUCCUGUCAUGGAAUGGCAGAAUUGCACGGUCAAGGUGGAAACUGACGUGCCUGUUUCAGUUGCCUAUAACUGUUACUCUGAUCGUGAAGCCGUUCCCCGUUGGAUGCCCUCUAUUUCCUCAGUAAAGAUAUUGGAAGACAAGCCCGAGCUAUCUCGAUGGUCGAUGAAGUAUAAAGCAUUUGGCCGCGAUGUUGAUUUCUCUUGGCUUACACGAAAUUUUCAGCCUAUCCCAAAUCAAAAGAUCCACUGGAGAUCCCUGGAAGGUGUUCCUAACAGAGGUGCUGUUCGAUUUUAUCCGAAAGGUCCUUCAUCAUGCAUAGUUGAACUGACAGUGUCAUAUGAAGUUCCUCAGAUCUUCGUUCCAGUGGCAUCGGCACUGCAACCAUUUCUUGAAGGCUUACUACGAAGUGAUAUGGAACGAUUUGCAUCAUUUGUAAAAUCCUACCAAGCAGACCCAACUAGAUGACGGUACAAAUGACAACUAAACGUCAUGUUCAGUAGAUUUCACUGAUUCUUUCGAUGUGGAAUGCGUGUUGGCCACAUCCAAUUGUAAUGCUUUCUUUGUAAAGAAAUAAUAUUACAUGUAUCAUGCAAUAUGCUCAUCAUCGGAGUCAGCUCUCCAUUAUUGAUGAUAGCUCCUAGAAUAAGCUCCCAGGGGUGAAGUUUAGGUGACUGAUCCAAACCAGCCUGGACCCUGUUAUGAGCCUUUGAGAUUGAUCGAGAAACAGGUCUGAGGACUUUUUUUUUUUUUUCCUUGUAAUCAACAGGUCUAUGGACUGGAAAACUUGCAGGAUCGGUUUGACGUGAGUUUCCUAUUUUUGGAGUAUUUUUGGAGUUGAUGGAAAAGAAAAUAUUGAUAUAUCAGAGGUACCUUAGCCUCCAACAAGCCAUGUUGUUGAACAA